AGCAAGAUGUAGACAAUAAUUAUUGUCCAUUUUCCAACGCACAACUGAAGAUAUAAUGGACGAUUACGAGCAAUACUAUCAGGACCAAGAUGACGACGGUAACGAGGUUACAGAGAUGUGGCAGGAGGCCUGCUGGCACAUCAUAUCCUCUUACUUCGCUGAGAAGGGUCUUGUCAUUCAGCAGCUCGAGUCUUUCGAUCAGUUCAUCCUGAAAAAAGUGCAGUCCAUAGUAGAGAAGUCUCCUCCAAUAGAGCUAGUAGCUGAGCAACAGUACACCUCAACAGAAGAGGACAUUCCCACUAGAUACUUUAUCAAGUUUGAGCAGAUCUACCUCCAGAAACCCACUCAUUACGAGAAGGACGGCUCCGGGUCUCCUCUAAUGCCUAACGAGGCUAGACUUCGCAAUCUUACUUAUUCUUCUAUGCUGUUCGCUGACAUAGUAAAGCGAGUAGAAAAAGAAGACUGCGAACCUGAGGAGUACAUGCACGAGCGAACAUUUAUCGGUCGUCUCCCGGUCAUGUUACGAUCAGUCUGCUGUCUCCUCAACAAACUAUCAGAUCGUGAUCUUAACGAGGUUAACGAGUGUCCGCUAGAUCCGGGCGGUUAUUUCGUAAUCAAUGGAUCAGAGAAAGUACUGAUCGCUCAGGAGAAGAUGACAACAAACACUGUGUUCAUUUUCCAGAAGAAGGAUUCUAAGUAUGCGUAUGUUGCUGAGAUUAGGUCCAUGAUUGAGAACUCUUCCCGGCCAGUGAGUACCAUGUGGGUUUCCAUGUUGGCCAGGGGUGGACAGAGCAGUCGUAAGACUGGUAUUGGACAGAGAAUAGUGGCUACUCUCCCGUAUGUCAAACAGGAGAUCCCUAUCAUGAUCAUCUUCCGUGCCCUCGGUUUUGUGUCAGAUCGAGACAUUUUGGAGCAUAUCAUUUAUGAUUUCGACGAUCAGGAGCUUAUGGAAAUGCUGAAACCGUCACUUGACGAAGCUUUUGUUGUUCAGGAGCAAGAAGUUGCUCUGAACUUCAUCGGAGUCAGAGGAGCGAGAGCGGGAGUUCCCAAAAACAAACGUAUCAAAUAUGCCAAGGACAUCUUGAAAAAGGAAAUGUUGCCCCACGUGGGUAUCGGUGAUUUCUUCGAGACGAAGAAAGCUUAUUUCCUGGGUUAUAUGGUUCACAGACUCUUGCUCGGAGCGUUAGGUCGUCGUGAGCUGGAUGACAGAGAUCAUUACGGUAACAAACGUCUCGAUCUAGCUGGACCCCUUCUUAACUUCCUCUUCAGAACUUUGUUCAAGAAACUUCAGAAAGAGAUCAGAUUGUACUGCCAGAAGUUUGUGGAUCAAGGCAAGGAUUUCAACUUGACAGUCGCUGUUAGACCAGACACAAUUACAAACGGCAUGAGAUACUCCUUAGCCACGGGUAACUGGGGUGACCAGAAGAAAGCUCACCAAGCUCGAGCUGGUGUGUCCCAAGUGCUCAACAGACUCACGUACGCCUCCUCCCUCUCUCAUCUCCGGCGGGUUAACUCCCCCAUAGGACGAGACGGUAAGAUAGCCCGACCUCGGCAACUUCACAACACUCACUGGGGCAUGAUAUGUCCUGCAGAGACUCCCGAGGGAGGUGCUGUGGGUCUCGUCAAGAACUUAGCUCUCAUGGCUUACGUGUCUGUUGGGUCUGAUCCUACCUUCAUUUUGGAGUUCUUGGAGGAGUGGGCAACGGAGAAUCUAGAGGAGAUCACAGCGGCGUCCAUUGCAAAUGCUACCAAGAUAUUUGUAAAUGGCUGCUGGGUGGGUAUUCACAGGAUACCAGAUCAACUGAUGUUCACUCUUAGGAAACUGAGGAGAGAGAUGGAUAUCGUUGCUAGUGAAGUUUCCAUAGUCAGGGACAUCCGUAAUAAAGAGAUCAAUAUCUGGGCGGAUGCUGGUCGAAUUUCAAGGCCACUGUUAAUCGUUGACAACGGUAAACUGAUUCUGAAGAAACAUCAUAUUGACAAGCUCAAAAACCGAGACAACACAAACUUCGGGUGGCAGGACUUGGUGCAGAACGGAAUCGUGGAGUAUAUCGACACGCACGAGGAAGAGAACUGCAUGAUAGCGAUGUUACCAGAGGACCUAGAAGAAAAGAAAGUGUACUCCAAAACCUUCACCCACUCAGAGAUCCACCCUAGUAUGGUUCUAGGAGUGUGCGCGAGUAUUAUACCCUUUCCUGAUCACAACGCUAGUCCCAGGAACACUUACCAAAGUGCUAUGGGUAAGCAAGCUAUGGGAGUGUACAUCACAAACUUCCACAUUCGUAUGGACACCCUAGCUCACGUGCUAUUCUACCCUCAGAAACCUCUCUCCACUACUCGUAGUAUGGAAUAUCUUCACUUCAGAGAGUUACCAGCUGGUAUUAACACGAUAGUUGGUAUCAUGUGUUACACUGGGUACAACCAGGAGGAUUCUGUUAUCCUCAAUCAAAGCGCCAUCGAGAGAGGCUACUUCAGAUCCGUCUUCUACAGAUCAUAUCGUGACAGCGAGACAAAGAAAGGGUUAGACCAAGAAGAACAGUUCGAGAUACCAGACCCUAACACAUGUAAAGGAAUGAGACGUGCUAUCUAUGAGAAAAUAGAGGAUGAUGGUCUCAUCGCUCCUGGCAUGAGGGUUAGUGGAGAUGAUAUUAUAAUCGGUAAAACUUGUCUGCUACCUGAGGAGGAGACUGAGGCUGAUGCUCCUAAACGUUUCGUCAAGAAGGAUUGCUCUUCUGCCCUCAGGUUAUUAUACUUCUAUAUGCUUGAUUACUUAAUUUGAAUUUUGUUAUUUAAAUUUAGAUAUCUUACGUGAAAUUUAGGUUUAUAAUAUUCUAACUUCAAUGCAACUGAGAGUUGUGGUUUACUAUUUUGGUUUAUCACAUAGUAUUGUUUGCUAUAGAAAACGCAGGAUAUUCGCUAGCAACAGAUUGUCAGUUUCUGUUCCUUGAUAGUAGAUCUUGCUACACACUUCCACGAUGGUCCCAAAAAAGAACCAAGACAAAUACGCCUAGUCAAGAACACUGACUGGGCGAAAUUUGACGAGAUUCUUUACAACAACAAUGAUCUCCACAACACCUGCGUUAACACACCAGACGACAUUGAUCACAAAGUUAACACCAUUAAUACUGCUCUCCGAGCGGCCUUCGAGGAGGCAUGUCCCAUUACUUACAUCUCCAGCGCUGUCAGAAAACCACCCUGGCUAACUCGAGAAGUUGAGGAAGCACAGAGGGGUAUAAGACGCAAACUCAUCACAGCUCGUCGAAUCAAAACUGAUGCUUCGUGGCUCGCUCUUAGAGAAAGCAACAAGCAAUACAACAAGAUCCUGUCCAACUCCCAGCGCAAUGCGUGGCGGAAAUUCUGCGCAGACACAGAAUCGGUUAAGGAAUCUGGAAGGAUGAACAAGAUUCUGAAAACCUGUACUGACACCAAUAACAAACUUGAAGCCGUUUAUAAACCAAAUGGCGAACUCACCAAAAACGCAGAGGAGACACUGGAGGUCAUGACACAAACCCACUUCAAGGAGAGUGUUACUGAUCCGCCAGUUCCGCCUCUCUGCCCCUUACCCAUCUCCACAGACUUACUAGACAAAAUCUACAGCCCUGAAAGAAUCGAAAAGGCUCUCCUAUCCUUCGAUCCCUUGAAGGCUGCAGGACCUGACACUCUAAAACCUAUCAUAUUCCAGAAAGCCUGGGCUCAUAUCAAAGACAU